AUGGCUUUCUUGCCUCUCGACUUUGAUACUCACCCAGACUUCACCACUGUGCCACGAUCCAGGUCUCUAAUGACCCCAGGACGUCAGAUAUACUCAGCAAUGGUGCCAUCGCAGGAAAGCACUUCCCCUCACGGUCACAGACACAGACAUGCCCUUGCCGGGCCACGUGAUCGACGCUCGCCAGCGUCCCCGACACAAACGUCGAUGCGAGUAUAUUACCCUGCCGACUAUAGAGAAAGCGUCGCGUCCAAUCCCAUGAGUGAUGAGCAAUUGUACAGCCUGCCACCAUCUCCGCGCUCGAGGCCCCAGCCUUUGUCAUACCGACGAAGCCCUGGACCCGUAUCGCAGAGACGGAUAUGCAACGCGGAUCACGACAGCCUUAUUGCAAUGGGAUCAUGGACUAGCCAAAGCACCCACAACGAAGAACCGUGUACAAGAUCCGGGCGUGAGAAAGGCAGCAGCACUUUCCACAAUGGCGACCUUCUAGCCAAGGAUGCGUCAUAUGAUGACUUUAUUCUCUUUCCCGAUGAUGCUAGAGAAUGCAUUCACGGGGACUUUACAGCCCCCGCUCAACCCUCGUCAGCUCCCAGGGCUCCCCGCAUCACGAGGCUUCGCACACUAGACCUGGCGCCGCUGUCGACAGAUGUCCAGUUUUUCCCCUGCCUCGGCGGUGAAUCUGAGCGAGACAGGAUCAACGAGGCCUGGUACAUUGCCGGUCGGGAGAGAGUGGAGUCUCAACGUUUUGACCACGAACGAGAACGGGAAUGGAAUUGGGAGCAAAAGUGA